UCCUUCACCCUCUGCACACCCACAAAUCUCCAUUUACAUAGCAAAAGACGUCUCUUUUUUUCUCAUUCUAAGCUAUGGCUUCAACUUUUUCGAGAAGUGUUUCUGCCUUUUCUCUUGCAACAAAGCAAGGGGACGCUGCUAGUGGUGGGCAUGGCAUUUCUUCCUUGCCUUUGUUUUCCAGAAAGAAAAGGAACACUAGUCUUGUAGUUUCUUCUGCCAGUGGUACUCUUACUGGUCUAGUGUUCCAGCCAUUUGAAGAGGUGAAGAGAGAGGACUUUCUUGUUCCUAUUUCUAGUCAGGUUUCUCUUUCUCGUCAGUUCUAUGUGGAUGAGUGUGAAGCUGCCAUUAACGAGCAGAUCAAUGUGGAGUAUUCUGCUUCCUACGUGUACCAUGCCUUGUUUGCCUAUUUUGACAGGGAUAACAUUGCUCUCAAAGGCCUAUCCAAAUUCUUCAAGGAAUCAAGUGAAGAAGAAAGAGAACAUGCUGAGAAGUUCAUGAAGUAUCAGAAUAUACGAGGAGGGAAAGUAGUGCUCCACUCUAUACUGAAACCCGUUUCUGAAUUUGAGCAUGGUGACAAAGGAGAUGCAUUAUAUGCUAUGGAACUAGCAUUGUCUUUGGAGAAGUUGACAAAUGAAAAACUACUGAACUUGCACAAGGUGGCAGAUGAGAACAAUGAUCCACAAUUGCAAGAUUUCAUCGAUAGCGAGUUUUUGAAAGAGCAGGUUGAAUCCAUUAAGAAGAUAGCAGAAUAUGUCACUCAAUUGCGGAUGGUUGGAAAAGGCCAUGGAGUAUGGCACUUUGAUCAGAUGCUCCUCCAUGCAUGAGGCUCAUGCUGCAUGAUGUGAAAAUACAAUCUGCACCUGUUCUGGGUUCAAGUCUGUGCUAUCCUAGAUUUAGGAUAACUUCUCUAGGAGUUUUAAUGGAUUGAGGAUAAUAAAUUUUCAGUGUAGGAUGUAUAAUAGACAUUAAUGUAUAGUAAGAGAGGUAGCUGCUUUGCUUUCAAUAAACUGUGUGGCAACAUUACGAAAACAGAUUUGGACUCUUUUAUUUGGAGGUGAAAUGUAUAUGUAUUUUUAAGUAUGGAUAUUGCUUGAUGUUCCCUUUUGACUUCAGGCUUUUUGAGUGUAGAAUCACUUCAGUUGAUUGAUCUAUAAAUAUGGAGUCUGUUGAUCAAAUUAAA